ACCGUUCCAGUAACAAAACCGGUACACAUGCCGGUACGGUAUUGACUACUUUGGUAUGGAGUACAACGUGAAGGAAGAAGAUUUUGAGUGGCUCCGAGAUUGCUAUGUCGGAAUAGCUCACUUUGUUGAAACAGUUCCGAUCCUCCAGGAAAGAUUUUACAUGGAAGGUUACUUCACAUGUCAGAUAAGGGCUAUGGGAGGCAAAAUGGUAUUACUGGAUUGUGAAGAUAAGGAGGAGCUAAAAGAAUUGGUACAGGGUGCAGCAAGUUGGUUAAGUCAGUGGUUCGCAGAAGUCAAGCCAUGGUCUCCAACAACAGUAGCAAAGGAAAGGUUUGUUUGGUUAAGAUGCCUGGGGGCUCCAUUGCAUGCGUGGGGGCCAGAGUUCUUCGAGUCUAUGGUGACGGCAUGGGGGAAAUUUAUCAGCCUCGAUGACAAUACAAGCAGGAAAAGAAGAUUUGAUGUUGCUCGGAUCCUUAUUUCCACGUCAAUUAUGGAAUCAAUAUCAGUUAAAAGGCAGAUUAAAGUGAAUGGAGUCCUCUACAAUCUCAAGUUCUCGGAAGAAGAAGUGGCUAACGGCCUUUUUUCCAUGAAAUAUGAUUUCCUGCCAAGCUUCAAGAGUGACACUGAAUAUGAAGAAUCCUGGUCGGAAGGCUUUGUUAUUGAGGAAGAACCAGGAGAGAACGGUCGAGAAGAUAACAGGGCUUCUAGUGACGGCAAUGGGGACACUGUAGGGGAUCUACCGGACCUGAACCGGAAGAACAAACGGGUGAAUGCCAUUCCGGAUACCGAGGCACAUUUUGAAUUUGAAGGAGAUUUGCAUGAUGAUAUCUGUCAGAAAAAGAAGAAUAUGAUCGGUUACAGCUGGAUGGGUGAAGAGGAGUCAGUUGAAGUGGUUGCAGAUAGCCUCGAGGAAUGCUUAGCAGGUAGUGACGUGGGAAGCAGAGAGGAAGAGGAAACACCAGCUGUUGAGUCUCAAAAUCGGGUUAGCUCUGACCCAAUUGAAGUCUCAAAAGAUGGUUCAAGGUCCGAAUGGGCUAAGCCCAAUAAAUACCACCCAGCCCACUCCCAUCAAAUAGGUGGAGGCCUUAUUGAGGUGAAUCGGGAUUGUGAGGCCACCGGUAGCAGUAAGCAUAACCAGCUGGAGGCACAACAGGGGAUUAGCUCUCACGGACAGAAUUUAAUAGCCAAAAAAGGUAAAGAGAAAGAGGGAUUGCUACGGGAUGGGAGCAGAUCUGCUUCGAUUGAUCUAGAAGGUGCAGAAGGGAGUGCUGGGGAGGGGAGGGAUCUGAUCGGAAAGGAAGGAAUGGCAUCAAGAAGCAAACCGGAUAGGAUAAAGAAAAAGAAGAAGGCGCUAUUGUGUAGAUCAGUGUACCAAAAAGCUAGCAUCCUGGGAUUAAUGAGCCAUAAGAAGAAAUCUAAGAGCAGAGCAAGAUCCAAGAAAGUUACAAGACAGGAGAUGCCGAGCUUCAUGCCGAAUCCAAGCUACUCUGUGGCGGGAGGGUCGGUUGGCGAUAGCGGGAUUGAAAAUUGCAACAGGAUGUUAAAGGAGCAUUCUAGCCGGAGAAUAGCAGCAGAGCUUUGGGACUUCGCGAAGCAAAUCGGGGUUACUGCAGAGGAUGAGGUUGAGACUCUCAAGAACCUUGAAGAAAUGGAGAAUCGAGACAGAGAAGCCAAGGAUUUAGAGAUCCCAAAGUCAGUGAGGAAGAAAAGACACUUGAGGGAGUUAGUCAAGAAGGAAAAGGCGGAUUUCCUAGCAGUACAAGAAACUAAAUUGGGAGGGAUAGACAAUAAAAUUAGCAGAUCAGUGUGGGGCACAGAUGAUGUGGAAUGGGUAGCAAAGGAUGCGGUGGGUAUGUCGAGUGGAUUAGCUUGUUUUUGGAAUUCCAAAGUAAUUAAAGCCACAAGAAUUCUGGAGGGGGAGAACUUUAUAGGUAUAGAAGGAUUGUGGUGCCCUGAUAAUGAACAAAUUAUUUUGAUAAAUGUUUACUCUCCUUGUCAGCUACCUGGUAAGAGAGUUCUUUGGACAGAGCUAAGAAGUCUAAUUGAGAAUGGGGGAGAAAAAAUUUGCAUUAUGGGUGACUUUAACACUGUUAGAAAGGCAGAGGAAAGAAAGGGGAGCUCAGGCGUGACCAGAGAUAUGAGAGAAUUCGACAAUUUUAUACAGGCCAUGAAGUUGGUUGACAUCCCGUUAGUGGGUAGGAAGUUCACUUGGUAUCAAGCAAGAGGCAACUAUAUGAGCAGAAUUGACCGGUUCUUACUCUCAGAAGGGUGGCUGUCGAAGUGGGGAGAGGCCAGGCAAUGGGGCUUGAGAAGAUCUAUGUCUGAUCACUGUCCGAUUUUACUAAAACAUCAGACCAUUGAGUGGGGCCCAAAGCCAUUCAGAUUCUUCGAUUCUUGGCUAGAACAAGAAGGAUGUAGUAAGUUGAUUAAAGAAGUGUGGAAUGACACCCAAAUUCAAGGGUGGGCAGGCUUCCGUCUCAAAGAAAAGUUGAAGACAACCAAGGAAGCGUUAAGGAAGUGGAGCAAAAAUCUAAUUCCAACAUUGGAUAUUAGAAUAAAUAAUGCUACUUCCGACAUCGCCAAAAUUGAUAUGAAGGGGGAAGUGGCACAUCUGUCAGAGGAAGAAAUUGAGAGGAGAAGAGAAGCGUUCAUUCAGAUUUGGGAGAGUCUGAAAAGCAAGGAGAGCAUGAUGCAACAGAAAUCAAGGAAAGUUUGGGUGGCUCAGGGGGACGCCAAUACCAGGUUCUUUCACAACUGCGUGAAGGGCAGAUGGAGAAGGAGAAGAGGGUUAGACCAAGGCUCGAUGGGUUGGGUUUCAAGCAACUUACAUGGGAAGAUAAUGACACCCUUAUUUCUCCCUUCAGUGAGGAUGAGAUAAAGGUAGCAGUAGGAGAAUGUGACAGUUCGAAGGCCCCAGGUCCUGACGGAUUCAAUUUCAGGU